GGAGAGAGAGAGAGAGAGGAGAGAGAGAAAGAAGCUGGAGAGGAGACAGCGUCGGCGGCAGCUCUGCAGUGGGAUACGGCGGGAUUUCGGACACGUUGUUGCGCUUUGUCUCGGGACUUUUACCGUGCGCCGUGGAGCCGUGGAGCCGUGGAGCCGUGGAGACGUAUCUUUUUGGAUCGGGGGAAAAUGUGAGUCGAUGUAGCUCAAGCGACUCCUGGACUCCUCGUCGGCUCCAAACCCAACCAUCGGACUUACAAACAGGAAUACCGUCUCUUCCCUGUGAUUUUCCCCAGACGUGUGGAUUAAUUUCAUCCCUGGAUUAUUUUUGAGGAUGUUUUCAAACCUCUCCCCUCUUCUUCACUGGACGUCCCAUUAGGAGUGUGUUGUUUUCUCGCCCCAGUGCUGCCCUCUUCUGUCCAUUCGGAUUACAGGGUAGGGACAUGUUCCAUUUACCAUGCGCACCAGCACGUUGACCUGCCUGCCCGGCCCCGCCCCCCUGCUAUUUCUACUGGCCCAUCUCUUCUCGGGGCUCCUCCUGCUUCCCGGUCCCGAGUCGGUGGGGGGUACAGGCUCCUCCCCCUCUGCGUCGAGCCAGUCGUGUCCCACCUUGUGCACGUGCUCAAACCAGGCCAGCCGGGUCAUCUGCACGCGCCAGAGUUUGAUCCAGGUCCCGCAGAGCAUCUCGGUCAACACCAGAUACCUCAACCUGCAGGAGAACUCCAUACAGGUGAUCAAGUCGGACACAUUCAAACACCUGCGGCACCUGGAGAUCCUUCAACUGUCCAAGAACCAGAUCCGUCAGAUUGAAGUGGGCGCGUUCAAUGGCCUCCCCAACCUCAACACGCUGGAGCUCUUCGACAACCGACUCACCCUGGUGCCCUCCCACGCCUUCGAGUACCUCAGCAAACUCCGUGAGCUCUGGCUACGCAACAACCCGAUCGAAACACUGCCCGGCUACGCUUUCCAGCGCGUGCCCUCCCUCCGCAGACUAGACUUGGGCGAACUCAAAAAACUGGAUUUCAUUUCAGACGCCGCAUUUGUCGGUCUGGUCAAUCUACGGUAUCUGAAUCUCGGAAUGUGCGGACUAAAAGACAUUCCCAAACUGACCGCCCUGGUGAGACUGGAGGAGCUGGAGCUUUCUGGAAAUCGCUUGGAAAUUAUCCGACCUGGUUCAUUUCAAGGCUUGAUUGCUUUGCGUAAACUGUGGCUGAUGCAUUCACAAGUUUCUGUCAUAGAACGCAACGCAUUUGAUGAUCUUAAAAACCUGGAGGAGCUUAAUCUAUCCCAUAAUUCCUUGCAUUCUUUGCCUCACGAUCUCUUCACGCCGUUACACCAACUUGAGCGUGUACAUUUGAAUCACAAUCCAUGGGUGUGCAACUGCGACAUACUUUGGCUCAGCUGGUGGCUUAAAGAAACCGUUCCGAGCAAUACCACAUGUUGCGCACGAUGUCACGCGCCGCCAUUUUUGAAGGGGAAGUAUAUAGGCGAGUUGGAUCAGAGCCACUUUACAUGCUACGCUCCCGUUAUUGUCGAACCACCAACCGAUCUAAACGUUACCGAAGGGAUGGCCGCCGAGCUAAAGUGCCGUACAAGCACGUCGACAACUUCUGUCAACUGGAUUACGCCAAACGGUACCCUAAUGACCCACGGUUCGUAUAAAGUCCGGAUAUCCGUCCUACACGAUGGCACGCUUAACUUCACGAAUGUUACUCUACGCGAUACCGGACAGUACACGUGCAUGGUAACCAACGCCGCGGGUAACACUACGGCAACCGCGGUUCUCAACGUAACCGCGGCGGAUGCUAGUGUCAAUUAUACAUAUUUCACCACGGUAACGGUUGAAACCAUGGAGACGAACGGAGAGGAGGAACCAGCGCGGGUGGUUAUCAAUGAAACGUUAAUUCGCAUACACCCUGGUCCGACAUCUUCUGGAAAUUUUAUCCCAGACGGCGUCCCGACUACUGUCUCUUCUCUAUCCGCGGGUUGGUCCUCCUUAUCCCCGAAAGCUACGCGCCCUACAUUCACCGUCCCAAUCACAGAACCGGGAUAUUCCGGCUUGGAUGACGUUAUGAAAACCACAAAAAUAAUAAUCGGUUGCUUUGUCGCGAUAACCUUCAUGGCUGCGGUGAUGCUAGUGGUUUUUUACAAGUUGAGAAAGCAACAUCAGCUACAUAAGCACCACGGUCCGGCUAGAGCCAUCGAAAUUAUCAAUGUUGAGGAUGAGCUAGGGGCCGGAGCUAGCGGAAGGGGUAGCGGCAUUUCCGGGGGGUCGACCAUAUCGCAGAGUGGUAGUAGCGGGAUAGGAGGUGGGCAGAGUUUAAGGCUACACCAUCCGGAAAUCGUCAACUUACCAAAUCUGGCGCGAACGGAGCAUAUGAAUCACUAUUACAAAACGCACCAUUUUAACAAUAAUAUGAUGAGCCUCGGGAUGGGCUCUGGUUUGAAUAACAACAACAACCCAUCCCCUUGUUCGCAGGCACAGUCCAUAUCGUGCACCCAAAUUCCAACUUCGAUGGGAGGAGGGAUUCCCACUUGCGGGACCCUUCCCACCCCGGUCCCGUUGCCUCAGCUGGGCCUACACAGUUCGCUGAAAGGCCUCAUGGGUAAAGGCCAGAACGAACCACUACUUUUUAAAAGCGGUUCGAAAGAAAAUGUACAAGAGACUCAAAUCUAAAUUCGAAAAAUGUUUUUGAGGGACUGGUUGUAGCUAAUUGAAAAGGAUUCAACGUGUAUUUUUCCCAUCACUAAAUUGUUGAUGAGAAGAAACGACCAGAAAGAGGAAGUAAGACCAGCUUGGGUAUUAUGUAAACGCCACAAUCAUUCAGUUACAUGUACAAUCUGUUGCAAUCACUGUUUGCCAAAGUCGGACGAAAACCAAGCCAAUUUUUAUCAUCUGUGACCACAAUAUCAAGAAAAAGCUAUGAGCGAUGCUAUCUGAAUUACAAUAUAUCCACUCAGUGUAUAUAUUUGGAGAAAGACUUAAUAAUGUUUGCUAUAAUGUUUUGGCAAGGACACUGCAUAACUAAUGAUGCUUCGAGGAAUGCGUUUCUGACCUGGAUUUUCAUAACAGGACAACAAAUCACUUUUUCAACUUUUUUCACCCAUUUUGUGGCUACUGUCUUCUUCUGAUGGAAAAUGCAAUGGACAACGGAAAGCUAUAUUGAUAUAAAAGGACAGAAAGUACAUAUUAUAUAUACCGUAAAUAUAUUUUCAUUCAAAGAAGUAAAUUAUAAAAAAUUAUAAAGUCUUUAAUGAGCUUUGGGGACAUCUGAAGAAUAUAUACAAAAGAGAGGUAUUACGUGGUGGCCCGCCUUUGCGAUUUUUCAACAUGGCCGCUCUGACUGUGCUGCUAAAGACAUACAGUAUUUUCAGGGGAUUGAGGAAAAGCUAAAACAAAAAAAAUAAAUAAUACGGGAUAUAUAUGUAAACGUACGGGAGUGAAAGUAUUUUGUUCUAUUUUGUAGCCAUGCAAAAUGUUUUUCGUCUGCUGUUGACAAGGAAGAAAUGGGAUUACGGAUUAUACAACUUUGAAUCAGGAUGUAACUUUGCUAGUGUUAAUAAUAGCAAGGAAAGCUAAUAGCGCUAUGGAAAGCUAGCGGUACGGGAAGCUACCGGUACAGAACGCUAGCAGUAAAGAAAGCUAGCGGUACAGAAAGCUAUCUGUUUUCGUCAAUAAAAUCAGUAUUCGAAUUGGACAAGACAACAACACAAUGCUACCACUAUUAGCGUUAAGCUAGCUGCUAUUGUUAACACUAGUGCCUAUGAAUGAUUGGAAAACCCACCUCUUUUCAUUGUUAAAGAUGGUUUUAUAGAGUUUUGCAGUUAACGGACCUCAAAGGACAAAAAGGAUGCUGUCAGAACUCCACACCGCAAAACAGGAAAUAAAAUUCAAAAUGGCUUCCUCUGUCCUCAACACGCAGAAAUUGGAUUGAGGAAAAACUUUUGGACAAAGACUUAUCAUUGACAGAGGAAUAAUUCACAGCUGUAUUUCCGUGUUUUUCGUGUGCGAUUGGAUCUGUGUGGAGGAAGAGAGACAUUGCCAUUUUGACGAAGGUAAGCUAACGUUCGCUUUUCAGAGAGACUUGAAGUGCAGUCGUGAAUAUUUUUUAUCCUGAAGACAAGUUAAUGAAAAAAUAUAGAAACUUAUAGAUCACUUUUGAAAAAAUUAAACUACUCUAAGUGUUUUUUUAUUUUAUUUUUGGGGAUUUUUAUCUAGUUUGGAUUUAAUUUUUGUUCAUUUUUUAUUUUCAAAUCAAGUGUUACCUUUAUUGUAAUUGUUAUUAUGAUUAGCUCACUACACUGGUUAUCAUUAUGAGAGCUUUUCUGUUAGAGAGGUCACAAUGAACAUUAAAAAACCUGGCACAUAAAAUGGCAGUGAAAGUCUGUGG